UGCUGUGUGUUCCACUGUGUUGCAACUACCUUCUUGUGCUUGCUUUUUAAUGCUGUGCCUGGAAGAUGAGGAGCGGGAAGGCCUCUUGUGCCCUGGAGACCGUGUGGGAGGACAAGCACAAGUAUGAGGAAGCCGAGAGGCGCUUCUACGAGCACAAGGCCACGCAAGCCGCCGCCUCUGCCCAGCUGCUACUGGCCGAGGUGCCAGCUGUGAAUGGGCCCAGCCAGGAGGACACCAAGGAUGGCAGCGAGGCAGAGGCCCCUGACACCAACUGCAGGAGUGAUCCUGGGAGGAGCCACAAUGGCAGGAAGCCCCUGCAGAAGAAGCGGAAGCGCUCCCCUAAGAGCUGGCUCGGCCAUGCAGACCUGGCUCUUGUGGGCCUGUCCGCUGACCACGUGUGGCUGGACAAGUCACUUUUCGACCAGGCAGAGAGCUCCUACCGCCAGAGGCUGGCAGACGCGGCAGCACAGGCAACCCAGCCGUCUGCCCCAGCCCCGUGGGGUCCCUGCACCCAUGGCAGCCAGGUGGCCUGCCACCACGUGACCUGGGGGAUCUGGGUCAACAAGUCUUCCUUCGAUCAGGCUGAGCGGGCUUUCGUGGAGUGGUCUCAGGCCCUGCUGCUUGCCGCCAAGGAGAGCUGCAGGCAGGGGGCUCCUGACACGGGCCAGUGGGUGGCCACCCCUUACCUGGCCUGCCAGCCCAACCCGCCAGCCAAUGGCCAGCCCCCACUAGGCAGCCUGCAGGCACUGGUUCGGGAGGUGUGGCUGGAGAAGCCCCGGUAUGACGCUGCUGAGAGGGGCUUCUACGAGGCCUUGUUUGAUGGCCAUCCCCCUGGGAAGGUGCGCCUGCAGGAGCGAGCUGGCCAGGCUGAGGGCGCCCGGAGAGUCCGCAAAGACCGGCGAGUCCGCAACGCUAUGGGGAGCAAGCGGGCUGGGCCACGGCGGGUCGACGGGGAGGCCCCUUCUGCUUUGCCCUGCUGGUACUUCCUGCACAAGGAUGCGGAGGCCCCCUGGCUCAGCAAGCCCACCUAUGACAGCGCCGAGUGCCGUCACCACACUGCAGAGGCCCUGCGCAUGGCCUGGCGCCUUGAAGCUGCCUCCCUGGCUCACCGGCCUGGUCCCCGGUCUGGCCCAUCCUUAUCCAGCCUAAGACCCAACAGAAAAAUGGCUACAAACUUCUUAAUCCAUGAGAAGAUCUGGUUCGACAAGUUCAAGUAUGACGAUGCAGAAAGGAAAUUCUAUGAGCAGAUGAACGGGCCUGUGGCCGGCUCCUCCCGCCAGGAGAACGGCGCCAGCGUGAUCCUCCGAGACAUUGCCAGAGCCAGAGAGAACAUCCAGAAAUCCCUGGCCGGAAGCACAGGCCCCGGGGCCUCCAGUGGGCCUGGUGGAGACCACAGUGAGCUCAUCACCCGGAUCGCCAGCCUGGAAGUGGAGAACCAGAGCCUGCGAGGCGUGGUACAGGAUCUGCAGCAGGCCCUCUCCAAGCUGGAGGCCCGGCUGAGUGUGCUAGAGAAGAGCUCACCCACCCACCGGGCCACAGCCCCGCAGACCCAGCACGUGUCUCCCAUGCGCCAAGUGGAGCCUCCAACCAAGAAGGCGGCCACACCAGCCGAAGAUGAUGAGGACGAUGACAUUGACCUGUUUGGCAGUGACAAUGAGGAGGAGGACAAGGAGGCAGCCCGGCUGCGGGAGGAGAGGCUGCGGCAGUACGCAGAGAAGAAGGCCAAGAAGCCGGUGCUGGUGGCCAAGUCCUCCAUCCUGCUGGACGUCAAGCCUUGGGAUGAUGAGACAGAUAUGGCCCAACUGGAGGCCUGUGUGCGCUCCAUCCAGCUGGAUGGGCUGGUCUGGGGGGGCUCCAAGCUGGUGCCUGUGGGCUAUGGCAUCCGCAAGCUGCAGAUCCAGUGUGUGGUGGAGGACGACAAGGUGGGGACCGACUUGCUGGAAGAAGAGAUCACCAAGUUUGAGGAGCAUGUGCAGAGUGUUGACAUCGCAGCUUUCAACAAGAUCUGAAGCCUGAUGAGCACGUGCGUGUGUGAGUGCGUGCGUGAGUGCGGCCCUGCCACGAUUAAAGACUGAG